UUUUUUCUAACCACGAACCUGAUGUGAGCACUCGUUUGUAAUGUAAUUUUUCCACGGCAGGUGGCAGUAUGAGCCACUCACUCCCCUCCUCUGCUUCCAUUCAACCAAAGAAGAAGAAAUGCGGAAGCACAUGGUGGCGACGCCAAAUGUUUCCAACUCCGCCACAUAAUUUGCAUUGGAUGUUGUUUAAGUCGCUGUGUGUUAGGUUAUAAUCAAACUGCCAUAUUUCUUUCACGACCCGGCCUGUCAGCCUCACUGCCAUAAUGGUUCGAGCACAACGAACUAAAAAAGUGCAGAGGCCAAAAAAGACGGAAAAAUAUGAUGAAGAUGACCCCGAAGCCUACGGGGACAUGCCCGUCCCUGAUAAGAAGUCGGCGGACUACACAAAAGACAAAAUCGAUAGGUUUCAUGAUGAGAAAAUUGCUAGACUUCUCGCCCGCGGAGUUCAGGUGGAGAGCGACGAGGAGGAGCUGGACGAUGAGGAGGAAGUGAUGGCCCUCGACGAUUCAGAAUCCGAAGAGGAGGAGGAAGCAGAAGAGGAUGAGGGGACAGAUAUGGAGAGUGAUUUAGAGGGGAAAAAGGAUGAAUAUCUUCCCGAUGAAAUGGCGUGGGGCACGAAGAAGAAAAUGUUCUACGACUCAGAUUAUGUGGCCACUAAGGGGAAAUCACAAGAAGAACUCGAAGCUGAGGAACAAGAGGAAGAAGAGGAGGCCAAAAAUAUCCAGAAACGUUUAGCUGAAAACCUGACUGAAGAGGACUAUGAUUUAAACCUUUUUCAGGAAUUUUCUGUAGAAGAGAAGGAUGAAAGCAAAGGUGUUGAAAAACAGGAGAAGAUCAUUAAAGACCUGAAGCAGAUGUCACGGAAGGAGAAAAUGAAGCUGUUGAAAAAGGAAUCCCCAGAGCUGCUUGAACUCAUUCAGGACUUCAAGGCGAAGCUGGCUGAACUGAAGGACGAGCUGCAGCCCCUCGUGCAGAUGGUCAACGAUGGAAAAAUCCCCCCAGGAAAGGGCGCCGAUUAUCUCAAGACCAAACAGCAACUUUAUCUCAAUUACUGCACGAACAUCAGCUUCUACUUGGUGCUGAAAGCGAAGCGAAUCCCCGCUCACAACCACCCCGUGAUCGAACGACUUCUGGCCUACAGAAACCUCAUCAAUGAACUGGGUGCGGUGGACGCUCGCCUGGCCCCCGACCUACGCCGGCUGCUAGCAGGGGACGAGCUGGACAGACCCGCCAGCCGGGUGGCAAAGGGCAAGAAGAGCAAAGUCCCUGAGCAGAAGAGGGACGCUGGAGAGGCUUUGCCAGAGGACGACGAGGAUUCGUACUCCGACCUGGACGAGGAAGCAGCCCUACGUUUCUACAGAGAAGUGGAGGAGCGGGUGAAAUUAAAGAGGAAGAGCGGGAACUCGGCGGCUGAGGAGCUGCAGGAGGAGGAGGAGGAAGAGGAGCUGGAUCCAGACAGCAAGAGAGGAAUCACUUAUCAGAUGGCCAAGAACAAAGGGCUGACGCCAAAGAGGAGGAAGAUUGACCGUAAUCCCAGAGUCAAGCACAGAGAGAAGUUCAGAAAGGCCAAAGUCCGCAGAAAGGGCCAGGUUCGAGAGGUUCGUCGAGAAGAGGUGAGAUACAGCGGGGAGAUGUCUGGUAUCCGUGCUGGGGUCAAGAAGAGCACCAAGCUGAAGUGA